AUGUGGCACACCACGAGCAGGAUUUAUGGUUAUUUGGGGGUGAACUCAACCCCACACACAGAAAUUGGAUCGGAAUCUACGGAAUCGACUUCAGAAGGGAAUCUUAUAUCAGCUUCAUCAGAGCUACAUGAGGGAUCUGGCGAUGAUCCUCCUGGAAUAGCAGACACAAGUCCUGUAAAGAACGAGACUAGAGAAGCUCUGAAACCUGAUGGCAGUGAACAAGACCCGGUGGUGUUCAUAUCGGAGAAGAAUAACUAUAUUCCAGUCAGCAUAAAGCCCCGUUCGCCGGCCACUGACGUCGGUUGGCGGGAGCCACCAGCGUGGGAGAGAGAGUACAGAAAACAUCGCACCAAUGGCAGCAGAGUGCAGUAUAUCGAAGCGGAAUGCCAAGAUGACUUCAUGAAGAUCCGAGUAGGAUUUAACGGAUCGUUCAAUGGACUGGUCUACUCGGCAGGUUAUUCCUACGAUCCGGACUGCAUGUAUAUAAAUGGCUCUGGCCGGGAUUACUAUGAGUUUUAUAUACAACUCAACCGAUGUGGCACGCUGGGGAGAAACGGGCAGCAUGAAGAUACGAGGAAACACCCCACAAAGAACCUUAUGUGGAACACCAUCACCGUCCAAUACAACGCGCUCAUCGAGGAGGAGCUGGAUGAGCACUUCAAAGUCACCUGCGAGUACGGCUACGACUUCUGGAAGACUGUCACCUUUCCCUUGCUCGACGUGGAGGUGGCGACCGGGAACCCAGUGGUGUUCACGCUGCAGCCACCGGAGUGCUACAUGGAGAUCCGUGCCGGGUACGGGGCGGGAGGGGCGCGUAUCUCGGGCCCCGUACGCGUGGGGGACCCCCUGACGUUGCUCAUUUACAUGAGGAGUGCCUACGAUGGAUUCGACAUUGUGGUAAACGAUUGCUAUGCGCAUAACGGUGCCGCCAAACGGAUACAGCUAAUCGAUGAGUACGGUUGUCCAGUAGACGACAAGCUUAUCUCGCGAUUCCGCGGCUCCUGGUCGGAGGCGGGUGUUUUCGAGACACAAGUCUACGCGUACAUGAAGACCUUCCGCUUUACUGGUUCACCGGCGCUCUACAUAGAGUGCGACGUCAGAAUGUGCCAUGGAAGAUGUCCCUCGCAACCGUGCCAUUGGCGCAACAUGAAGAGUGUACGGCGGCGUUCGGUCCCAGGCGGAGCGGGGAGCGGAACGGAGAGCGGGGCGGAGGCCGCUGUGGCACCGCGCCUCUCCGAGAACAUAUCGCUUUUCCAGUCCCUGCGUGUGCUUCAAGAAGGCGAGGAAGACGCCGAGAUGGCCCCCAGCAAAGCCGCGGCGGAUGGUCAAACCUGCAUUAGGACGUCCGCCCUAUCCGCUAUGGUGGCAACGUGUGGGGCACUAGUGGCAGCGCUGUGUGGUGCUUUACUUGUUCUAGCGCGCGGUUGCAGAAGAGAUAGGGUCACAAAUUCGCUCCAUCAUGCCUAUGUCCCACACAAGGGAAGAAUCAAA